CUGUCAAACUUUCUUCACCGCACAACACUCUAAUACAAAUUAUUAUUUUCUAUUUAUUCACCGAACGAAGAUCUCAACUCCACAAACAAUCCAACCCUUUCAAACAAUUUUUUGUUUUUGUUUUCUGAAGAAUCUUUUUUUUUUUGUUUUAAAUGAUGAAACUAAAGCAAACCAACGUGAUGUUUAUGGUGUUAGCCCUAGUCUCGGCAUUGGUUUUCCUACAAUCAGAAGCUGGUAAUUAUUGUCCGACAGAAAAUAUAAAUAGCAUACCAGGAUGUUUCGAUGCGUUGAAAUUAGCAUCAGGCAAAGAUUACAGAAGGCUAACAAGAGGUUGUUGCAGAGCAGUCUUUUCAGUAAUCCCUGAUACUUGCUUCUUGCUUCUCUUUCCUGGCAAAGCUUACCCUAUUAAGAUGUUCAGAAACAUUUGUCUUAAUGUUAAUUAUGUUUCUGCUGCUUCACCUUUUUAAUGUUUUAUGUAUCUAUUUAUUAAUGAUAAUAAUAUAUUUAUAAUGAAUCAAACUUUCUUUUUAAUAUUCUCAUUCAUAUUUUAUUUCACUAAUUUAUACACAAAUACAUACUAUCCUUGAUAGUAUCCACAUAACUGAUGCACAAAUCAAUUUCUUUAGUCACAAACCUUCUUCACACAUCUCUGUAAGUCAUAUAUAUAAGAAAAUCAAGUGCAAUACGCACACAGCUAAUUCUAAUCAAUACAUACUAACGGCGCUAGAUUAAGUGGCGAGGAUGUAUUGAUGCGGUGAGAUUAGUGGCGGAUAAAGAUAUCAGAUGAGCUACCAAGAUACUGUUACAGAGCAGUGAAAACACUUGCCUCUUGAUUUGUUUAUCCAGAUAAAAGGCUUACACUACUAUUAUCUUCAAAAACAUUUGUGUUAGUUAUAUAUCUUUGGCGUACCUAAUGAUAUAACUAAUCAAAAUGGUAUCUGUGUGUUUCAAUGUACUGUGGUGCUUCGCUGUUGCUUAAAGUCCCAUGUCCAUCUUGUUUCUCUGGUCUUAAAUGGCUAUCAUGUUUCAUGGGCAGACAAUGAAUCAGGAAACCAUAUUAUCCGAUUUUUUUAAACCAUAUUAUCCGAUUUAGUUCGGGUAUUUUGUAUCCAAACUAUCCAAAUAUACCAAGAAAUAAUCAAAAAUAUUCAUUAGAUACAGUUUUGUUUGAGUAUUUCUAUUAAAACUAUCUUAUUUUAUCUGAAAAUACAUAAAGUAGUGAAAAUAACUAAUAUAUUUAAUUUAUCAUUUUAAUUUAAAUUAUUAUAAGUAUAAUUAUAACUAAUAUUUUACAUAUAUAUAUUUACCUUUCGAAUAUUUUCGGAUGGUCCGAGUUGGGUUCGGUAUGGAUUCUUCAUAUAUAGCAAUUUAGAACCGAUCCGUUUUUUUUUCCCCAGCCGUAACCAAAACAUUAAGCCUCCUAAACAACAGUUAUAUCCCUUAAUAGGCCUUUUACUAAAGAAAACCCGUUUUAACAUAAAGUUGAGUAGGUUUCUUCUUACAUGCAUGCUUACUAGAAUUGGGCCUUCUGAAAGACCAUAUAGGACCCCCAGUAAUCGCUAGGGCUUCCUCGUUAAAACGGACGUCGCCGCUUGCAAGAGACCUUUAAAUACGAACCAUCUCUCCUCUGUUUCAUCAAGUACUACUCAAUAACUGGUUCUCCGUUCAGUUCUCUUUAUUCGUGUUCAGUAUGUUUAGUGUUUACUUCUGUUCUUUGGUUUGAAUUCUCUCUUUUAGUAUAAAUUGAAAAACAGAUCAGAUGAUGAGCUAAUACUGCAACAAUAUGAUCUUCAUGAUUCUUAGUAUUUAAGUCUCUGAUGAUCUAUCAACAUUUUUUCUCUCUCUCCCUUUUGCUAAUCUUUUUCUUCUUUGAUCUUGUCAGAUUGUGUAUCUUCUUAAUUUGAUUUUCCUUGUUUUCGAUAUAUAUAUAUAU